AUGACAAGAUACACAAAGCUGGAACGGAAACGCCAUGUCGAUGCCGGAGAGGCCUUUGCAGUCACUCCCCUGAUGCCCUCCAAGCAGGUCCAGACACCUGCCCCCGUUGUACCUGCACCUACCCCCAAGCCCGAAGGAGAGGGCAACAACAACAAUAAGCGGAAAGCAGAGGAUUCGGGAGCACCAAAGGAGAAAAGCACAGAGUCAGGAGCAGCGCAGGGCGAAGGCGCAGGACCUGGACCUUCCAAGAAGAAGAAGAAGAAUAACAAGAAGAAGGGUGGUGCCAAGGAGGGCAAGGAUGGCAAGCCUGCCGCGCCUGAACAAGAUAACUCUGCCAAGUCUGAGAGGAGACGGUUGAGGAGACAGAAGGAGAGGGGCAAUGCAUCUGUCUGCUUUGGAUGCCGCAAGACGGGACACAGCGCAAAGAACUGCAAGGAGAGUACAGGAGUUGGGAUGUGUUAUAGCUGCGGGUCAUUGGAACACACAACCAAGGAUUGCAAAAAGUUGUCCAAGGACGGAAACAAGUUCAAAUUCGCCACCUGUUUUGUCUGCAAGGAGCAGGGCCAUUUGGCAGGCGCCUGCCCCAAGAACGAGAAGGGAUUUUACCCCAAUGGAGGAUCAUGUCGGUUCUGUAACAAGGUCGAUCAUUUGGCGAGGGAUUGUACGUUGACCAAGGAGGAGGUUGGUACGUUGACUCUGGGCAAGAUUGAUUUGGUGCAGGGAGCGGAUGAUGAUGAUUUCCAUAUCUUUGUGGAUGAGAAGCGCAGGCUGACGGAGGAGCAGAAGGCGGUCAAGCGGAUGGUCAAGGCCCCCAUCAAGGCAGCCAAGAAGGUCGUUUCCUUCUAA